UUCCCGUCCACCCAGGGGAAGCCAAAUGGAGGCCAAGAGCAGCCUGCAGAUGAUGCCACAGACGUCCCUCAAAAGGAAGCAGAGGUGAAGGCGAAGAGUGACGCAGAUCAUCAGAACGAGGUAGAAGAAGAGGAGGAGGAGGAGGAGGAUGAAGACGAAGAUGAAGAUGAACAGCAGUUACUGGGAGAGUUUGAGAAGGAACUGGAAGGGAUACUGCUCCCGUCAGACCGAGACAGGCUCCGCUCAGAGGUGAAGGCUGGCAUGGAGCGGGAACUGGAGAACAUCAUCCGGGAGACAGAGAAGGAGCUGGACCCAGACGGGUUGAAGAAGGAAUCCGAGCGUGAUCGGGCAAUGCUGGCCCUGACAUCCACUCUCAACAAACUCAUCAAAAGGCUGGAGGAAAAACAGAGUCCAGAGCUGGUGAAGAAGCACAGGAAAAGGAGGGUUGUCCCCAAAAAGCCUCCCCCGUCCCCCCAACCAGCAGAGGAGGAUCCUGAGCACAGAGUCCGGGUCCGGGUCACCAAGCUCCGACACGGAGGCCCCAAUCAGGAUCUGACUGUCCUCGAGAUGAAACGGGAAAACCCACAGCUGAAACAAAUCGAGGGGCUGGUGAAAGAGCUGCUGGAGAGGGAGGGGCUCACGGCGGAAGGGAAAAUUGAAAUCAAAAUCGUGCGACCCGGCGCGGAAGGGACAGAGGAGGACGCACGCUGGCUGACUGACGAGGACACAAGAAACCUCAAGGAGAUUUUCUUCAAUAUCUUGGUGCAGGGAGCAGAGGAGGCGCAGAAAGAGCGGCAACGGCAGAAGGAGCUGGAGAGCAAUUACCGCCGCGUGUGGGGCUCUCGCGGCGGGGAGGGCACGGGGGACCUGGACGAGUUUGAUUUCUGAGACCACCGCUGCCGUCGGCUGGCCAGGGAAUCCCGGGCCUGCCUAGACUGGCCCUGCCUUCUCCCCCACCAGCCACCCGGGCCCUGAAGGCUAAGCGGCAGAGCUGAGCCUCGGACCCUGGCAUCCAGCCGAUCCUGCCCCCCGGCGGGGGGGGCGUGGCAGGAGCACAGGGCUGCUGCUCAGACCUGCCCAAGACCAACUGGGCCUGCCGGGUUUGCUCUCCCAGGCUCCUCCCCACAACCCCUUCCUUUCUCCAGCCCGCCCUGGUACCAGCCCGCCCUGGUACCAGCCCCUUAAUUUGUUGGUUCCUUUCCCCUCCCUACCUGGAGAGUUGGUGAGAUCUCUUGCGUGGAGGAGGGCAGGGAGAACAAGAAGAGUGGGGCAGUUCAGCAGGCCCCCCACCCCCUGCCCGAACUGCUCCUCAGGGUCACCCCCUUCCCUUGGAUUGGCUUGGGAUUUCCCACUCCUCUCCCUUCCCACACUGUUCCCUACAAUCCAUACUUCUGAGUUGAGGUGCUUCCCCCUCUGUCUCUGAGGAAAUGGGAGAGAGUUGCCCACCACCUCUGACACAAUCCCACUGAAAAGGGUGGGGUACAGAACCACCCACCAUGUUCUUGAACAAUCAGGUUUCCAAAUAAAGAACUGGACCAUCCGUCAA